GGAAUAUGAUGUGGAGUGGGAGGAGAGAUUCCAGUGACUGACUGUCCUCCCGUUUCCACGCGCAGGAGGAGAGGAGAUCAUCGCCAGAGUCGAAAAACAACGAGCUGCAGCAGUCAAGGGAUGCAUUGCACGCGCUCCAUCAUGUUAGGGGUCAGAGGAGUAUGACAGCGAGGAACAUUCUCUGCUUUCUGUCCUGUAGAGCUGCUGGCAUUUCAUGAAACCAGUCGUGUAGUGUAUGUAGUGGAAGUGGUCUGGUCCGUGUGGUUAUGGAGGGGUUUUGGGCUGUGAUUUUCCCUGUGCUGAGGGUCUGGUUCACCAGUUUGGUGGUCCUGAUCAUGCUGCCUGCCAUGUUUGGGAUCUCACUAGGCAUCACUGAGACCUACAUGAAGAUCCUCAUCAAAAGCUUAGAGUGGGCAACACACAGAAUCCAAAGGGCGAGUAGAGCAGAGGAGAUUCUGAAACAUUCUGCAUCAAAUGGUUUAAUUCAGCGGGAUGAUUCGUCUUUGGAGCAGGAGAUCGAGGAGCUGCGUCGGAGCAGGCCAAAGUCAGCCGAGCGUGGAGAUUUCACUCUGAGCGACGUCCUGUACUUCACCAGGAAAGGCAUUGAGAGCAUUGUGGAAGACGAUGUCACGCAGAGGUUCACCUCAGAGGAGCUGGUGUCCUGGAACCUCCUCACCCGAACCAACAACAACUUCCAGUACAUCUCUCUCAGGCUCACUGUACUGUGGGGAGUUGGCGUGGUCGUGAGAUACUGCAUACUGCUUCCUCUACGGAUUACACUUACAGCCAUAGGGCUGAGCUGGUUGGUGAUUGGCACAACGAUGGUGGGUUUCCUCCCCAAUUUCAGAGUGAAGGGUUGGUUGAGUGACCUGGUCCACUUGAUGUGCUACAGGAUCUGUGCAAGAGGCCUUUCAGCUACGAUUCACUAUCACAACAAACAGAACAGGCCUAAGAGAGGAGGCAUCUGUGUAGCUAAUCACACUUCGCCAAUUGACGUCGUUAUUCUGGCUAAUGACGGCUGUUAUGCAAUGGUAGGACAGGUUCAUGGUGGUUUAAUGGGAGUCCUCCAGCGUGCCAUGGAGCGAUCCUGCCCUCAUAUCUGGUUUGAGAGAGCGGAGAUGAGAGACCGCCACCUUGUGACACAAAGGUUGAGAGAUCACGCAAAUGACAAAACAAAGCUGCCAAUACUCAUCUUCCCUGAGGGAACGUGCAUUAAUAAUACAUCAGUAAUGAUGUUUAAAAAGGGAAGUUUUGAAAUUGGAGGAACUAUAUACCCCGUGGCUAUAAAGUAUGACCCACAGUUUGGAGAUGCUUUCUGGAACAGUAGCAAAUAUAGCAUGGUGAGUUAUCUGCUGCGGAUGAUGACGAGCUGGGCCAUAGUCUGCAACGUCUGGUAUCUGCCUCCAAUGGCGCAGAAGGAAGGAGAGGAUGCCGUGCAGUUUGCCAACAGGGUGAAAUCAACCAUUGCACAACAAGGAGGUUUAGUGGACUUGGCCUGGGAUGGGGGUCUGAAGAGGGCAAAGGUGAAGGAUUCGCUUAAGGAGCAACAGCAGAAGAAGUACAGCCACAUGGUGGUGGGGGAUGACAGCAGUGACUGAACACAAACACCAAUGAUUCUCUUUCACCAAUCACUGGAAAUACGUCAACUUGUUGACAAAAGUACAGGAGAGUCUAUUUAUACUACUGCUGCUAAAAUACAUUUGAACCCUAUUUAUAAAUGGGGUAUAAAUAAAAAGAAAUAUGCAUUGCAAAUGCUAUAGAUCCCAGUUUCAUAUGGGCUGUCCUGCUUUUCUGUGAAGAGUUGUAUUUGCCAGAAUAUCAAUUGGGUAAAAAAGCUUUUGCGUUUAUACGAUUCAAUUUUUGAAUAGUUUUUAAUUUAAAAUGUAUAAAAAGGACAAAAUUAUAAACGCGUGAUUGGGGGUAAUAUUGAGUUCUGGACAUGCUAAUUUAUUUUUCAGAGCAAAUAAAAUUUUGUGCUUUUUUAA